AUGCCCGACCCACAAGACGGUUGCCGCCGGAAGCGUAAAUAUUCAGAGGGCCAGCCUUCUGUUGCCCCCUUACAACAGCUGCUUAAUCAGCAUCACCAACAGCAGCAGCAUCAACUGAUGCCAACUUUGGCCAAUACACCAAGUAAUCACACGCAACUGCACGAAGCAUACACACAGCAUAACAACACAUCUGCAACCACAACCGAUCACCGUGCUCCACCAAUCAAACGUAAACCUGUAGAUCAAGCUGAAAACUCAAAGGUAGACGUACCAGUUCAAGUAGUGAAUUCAUUACCAGGAAAUAAGACGGGAAUCAAAACGAAUAGCAACAAACAGUUCAACAAUAAGACGAGCGCCCGUACGAAGCCCAGCACCGAAGGAGAAUAUCAGCUGAUCAAAAAUGAGGUGCUCGUCUCUCCCUAUCGAAAUCAAUAUGAGGUGUUGGAAUUUUUGGGUAAAGGUACGUUUGGGCAAGUUGUCAAAGCAUGGAAAAAAGGGACGAAUGAAAUUGUUGCAAUUAAAAUACUCAAGAAGCAUCCGUCGUACGCGCGCCAAGGACAAAUCGAGGUUUCAAUUUUAUCAAGACUGAGCAAUGAGAAUGCAGAGGAGUUCAAUUUUGUUCGAGCUUACGAAUGUUUCCAGCACAAGCACCAUACCUGUUUAGUAUUUGAAAUGCUGGAGCAAAAUUUAUAUGAUUUUUUGAAGCAAAAUAAAUUCAACCCAUUGCCACUUUCUAGUAUCAGGCCGAUUGUUCAGCAGGUACUUACUGCACUGCUGAAACUGAAGCAUUUGGGUUUGAUUCAUGCGGACCUGAAACCGGAAAACAUAAUGUUAGUUGACCCAUCAAACCAACCAUUUCGAGUGAAGGUUAUUGAUUUUGGUUCCGCAUCGCACAGGAGCAAAGCAGUUACAAAUACCUACCUCCAAUCACGCUAUUACCGAGCUCCGGAAAUAAUUCUCGGUUUACCUUUCCGUGAAGCAAUCGAUAUGUGGUCAUUAGGUUGCGUGAUAGCAGAAUUAUACCUCGGCUGGCCGCUUUAUCCUGGCAGCAGCGAAUUUGAUCAAAUCCGAUACAUUGUGCAAACUCAGGGACCGCCGCCGUUGCAGAUGUUAUCAACAGCAGCCAAAACACAUCGCUUCUUCAAGCAGAUUCACGAUAAUGGUGUGGCACCGUAUUGGCGUUUAAAGACUCCAGAAGAACAUGAGCAAGAGACAUCUAGCAAAUCAAAAGAAACGCGAAAAUAUGUAUUCAACAAUUUGGAUGACGUCUCGCAGGUAAAUAUUCCAACAGAUCUGGAUGAUGUUGAUAAGGAAUGUGAGCAGUUGGAUCGUGCUGAUUUUGUAAACAUUCUAAAGAAAAUGCUGAGCAUUGAUCAAGAUAAACGUAUUACACCAGCUGAAGGUCUUCAGCAUCCAUUCGUUACAAUGGGACAUGUUUUCGUUUAUGGUCCAACGAAAUAUAAUCAGAUUGCGCAUCAAAGAAUGGAAGUGUGCAACCGUAAUGGUCGUACAGCUGCACAUUCACAGCUAUUACAGCAUCGUAAUGCUGCCACAGCGUCACAGUCAUCUGCACCAACAGUAACUCUUGGUGCAUCGGCUCCUAUAAUUAAUGCACCGGUGGCCGCAGCGGCACCACAAAAUGUCGCUCCAACGAUACCACAAGUGCCACAACUUCAACAAGCGGAACUUACACACUUACUGAAUCAGUAUGGUGCAGCAACUGCGGCAGCAGCUGUUGCCGGCACGCAAAGCUGCAAUCUACCCUUUGUCUAUCAGCCUUUAACCGUCUAUCCGUAUGCUGCACGUCAAGCUCCGUUCGCGAGUUUCAUGAAUCCACAUGCUGCUGCAGCUGCAGCAGCUGGAACCCUGGUGCCACAACUUGUUUCAAUUCCAUUUGUGGAUGGUCCAAUGCUGGCAACGCAGGCUAUCCCUCCUGCUCCAGCGGCGUGGACUCAAGCAGCUACUGCGUCACUGAUGCCGUGGACUCUUCCAAAUACAACAGCACUUUUCGCUAAUGAAUUCAUCUUACCUGCGCAUUUGCAAACGACGCGUAAUGUUGCCGCAUUGGCUGCUGCGGUGGCAGCGGGCAGUCCUUUUUCGCAUCUUCUAGCACCACAAAUUAAAAACUAUCCUGAUUUAGCAAAUACAGAUCCUGCCGCUCUAUUUUGGAGCGAUCUUGUACAACAACAACAGGUUCGUGGACGGCAGGCGCCGACAACUUCAACAAACUCAAAUGGAUCACUGCCAACAAAUACUAACCUAUCAAACCUACGUAUGAGAUCGGGCCCGAGUGGCCUUGCGAAAGAUCCGGCAAUUAUAGCAGCUGGACCGCGGAUGAAUAGUACUGCGUCAGGUUUAGAAACACCAAAAUACCAACUUGAAGCAGCACGGACUGCAAAAAGUAUGAAAGUUAAAAGUACGCCAUCACCUUCAAUAUCAGUAAUCACGUUAUCGUCGACAGACGAAGACGAUGACCAAAAUAUUGUCGGGCUGAGCAACGAGAAUGCGAGCAUUGCGAGUUCAAUGAGUUCGUCGAUUCUGAGUAGCAAUUCAUCUGUACUCAUUCCACCAUCUACGACAGGUGUCGUACGUAAGCCAAGUGCCCGUUGUGCUGUAGUACGACCCAUGAUUGAUGUAAAACGCGAAGUUGAUGAUGCAAGUAAAACUAGCAUCCGUAAUUUAUUUCCGAGCGUAGAUUUCGCUACUACGCUUAAUACUACAUUUCCGCCGUAUUAUGGCCAUUGA